AUGUGGCUCGACCAAGCCGAUGGGUUCGCUGAAAUAUUUAGAGGAUAUCUACCAUAUUAUUUACUGGUAGUUUUCCCUAUUUUUAUUAUAAUGUCGCCUGCUAACCCAGUUGCCGCUUCUCACGAAUUUUCGGUAUAUAGAAUGCAACAAUAUGACCUACACACCGUACCCCAUGGAUGCCGCAGUGCUAGUUUCAACCUUGAAGGCCGUUCUCUCACCUCCUGGAGCAUGUCUCGCCACUGUGUGGUUGCUCGCAUCCAAGAUAUCACUAUUGAUCAGUUUGUGGAAAUCAGAAACAAAGCUGGAGCUCUAUUAUUGGUUUUGCCUAAAAAUAAUACUUUACUGACUGAUGAAGAAAAAGAGCAUAUCAAACUUCUGGAAAUGGCAAUGAUGCAACAAGAGAUCAGCAUUCCAGUGUACUUUGCCGAGUGGACUCCCGAUUUUGGGGACAUUAUUAAAGAUCUGCAGCACAGCUUCAUCACUGAUGACAAAUCAGGAACUGCUUUGGAAGCUAUGUUCAAUACUGUAUCAUCCAAUGGCUAUCAAAUUGUGGUAUCUGCAUCGGCACCUCAGAAACUAGAUUCGAAACCUGUUACAAUACAUGGCAAGUUGGUGGGUCGUUCUGGUACUGCUCAGACCAUUGUUAUUGCUGCACACUAUGACUCUUCCAGCAUCAUUCCUGAGUUAUCAAAUGGGGCUGAUUCGAAUGCAUCUGGGGCAGUAGCGGUAUUAGAACUGGCUCGAGUCUUUUCCCGUCUAUAUUCCACGGCCGCGAUGCGAGGAGGGCCCUCCCUCUUGUUCGUGUUGAUGUCCACCGGUCACUCCUUGAACUACUUUGCCACUAAGAAGUGGUUGGAAGAGCAGUUGGAUUCUGCUGAUGCUUCUUUAUUGCAGGACAUUUCCUUCGUGAUGUGCCUAGACUCCAUAUCAUCAGGACCUCUCACAAUGCACGUUUCCAAACCCCCCAAACCUGGUUCACCAGUUCAGUCAAUAAAAGCCCGUAUGGGUGUUCCGCUGGUACAUAAGAAAAUUAACCUGGCAGAUGAACUGCUGGCCUGGCAUCAUGAGAGAUUUAGUAUCAGACGAAUGACUGCGUUCACUGUCAGCUCUUUGCAGAGUCACAAAGACCCGUCAAGAAACACACUAUUGGAUGUGUCAUCAGAGAAUUCCCUCAGAAUUUUAACCAAGAAUGUAGUCAGUACAGCUCGAGCUCUCGCAUCACAUAUAUACAACUUGACCGAGGAGGAGAAUGAUGAAGACUCCCAGCUGUAUGAUGAUGCCCUGAAUAUAGAAGAGGCAUCAAUCAGACAGUUGUACAAAUUCUUAUCGUCGCAAUCAAGAGCGCCACAAAUCGUCACUACAACUCCGCCCAAUGCAGGUGUGACGGGCGCGAUAGAGCGCGUGCUCUCCCGGUACAUGGAGGUGACGGUGAGCGCGCACGCGGUGGACAAGCGCGAGCCGGAAUACGCAUUGUACUCGCCCACUAAAGCUGUUCUAUAUGUUUAUAGCGUAAAACCAGCAGUUUUUGACUUGAUCCUCACCCUCGUUAUCAUAGCGUACCUUACUUUAGUUUAUUUCGCCAUACAGCUGUUCCCGAGGUUUUAUGAAGAAUAUGCCAAGUUAGUCACCGGGAAGGUCAAAGUUAAU